AUGUAUUGUGAUUACCACCGCAAGCGUGAGAACUUGUUUUAUGCUCUGUUUUAUCAUUCCUCCGUCGGAGAGAUAUCUGGGGAUAACAGUAAAGGAGCUGCUGGAUCUCUCAGUUCGGUAAAGAUAUCCUGCAUGAAAGACAAAGACCUUAUUGUCCACAUCAGCAUUUUUCUAAAUAUUCAAAAACUUCUUCAGAGAAAGAAAGAUAGUACUAUAAUGAUGAAACCUAAAACUCCCACUGGAUAUUUAACACCAUGGAGAUGA